CUUGAGGGAGAAGGGCACGUGUGACUCCCAGACCGGUCAGUGCCUCAAGUGUACUGGAAACACUGCUGGCUGGCACUGUGAGCGCUGCAAGGAGAACUACUAUGGGGAUGCCAGCAGGGGUCAGUGCCUUCCCUGUGGGUGCCAUGGACGAGGCUCCCUCUCAGCUACUUGUGACCCCCAAACAGGACAGUGCCAGUGCCGCAACCUCUUCACAGGCAGACAGUGUGACCGCUGCAAGAGAGGUCAUGGUGGAGUGACUGAGGGCUGUCCAAGGUGCAGUUGUGACCCUGAGGGAUCCACCAGCCAGAUCUGUGACCCCUUCACUGGCCAGUGUCCUUGCAAGUCAGGUGUGACAGGGAAGACUUGUUCCCAGUGCCUCUUGAACCACUAUGGGUCCCUUGACACUGGAUGCUCUCGGUGUGCGUGUAAUGAGUUGGGGUCGACGAGCAGCAGCUGUGACAUCGUGAGCGGCAGGUGUCUGUGUAAGAACAACGUGGUUGGGCGAGCCUGCGACAAGUGCAGGGAUGGAUACUGGGGCCUAUCAUCGGGCUCCGGCUGUCGUCCCUGUGAGUGUGAUCGCCGGGGCAGCAUCAGCCCUCAGUGCGAUGACGCCACAGGCCAGUGUCGCUGUCGGCCGGGCGUCGGGGGUCCUCGCUGCGACGCCUGUCUGCCCGGGUACUGGGGAUUCUCCAGGCAGGGAUGCAAACGCUGUGACCCCUGUGGUAUUCCCGGCCGCUUCUGUGACCCCAACUCUGGCCGCUGCAUCUGCCCCGCCAACACUGAGGGGGACCGCUGUGAGAGGUGCUCCCCGGGCUCCUGGGACUACGACGCCUCCAGGGGCUGCAAGCUCUGCAACUGCUCAGGCGUGGGAGCGUUGAGUCGUCAGUGUGACGCGCGCACCGGCCACUGUACCUGCAAGGAGGGGUACGAGGGGGAGCACUGCGGUAGAUGCAGCUACGGGUACUACGGCUUUCCGGUGUGCAGCCCGUGCAAGUGUUUCGAGAGCGGCACCAACCCGCAGAACUGUGAUGGCCAAGGUCGAUGCCAGUGUGACGAGCGUGGACAGUGCCCGUGCAAGGCCAAUGUGGUGGGUCGCAGGUGUGGUAAGUGUAAGGGCGGCACGUUUGGUCUUUCGGUAGACAACCCCUUGGGGUGUACCAGUUGCUACUGCUUCAGGAGGACCACCCAGUGCACUCAGGCAGACCUCACAUGGUCCCAGCUGAGGUUGCUGGAGCGCCGAGUUCUGAGUGUGGAGUUCCGUCGCCAAGUGUCAGGAGAGAGACCAGUCCGUCCACCUAUAGUCGUAGUUCGGCCUUGGAACACCCAGGAGAUAUGUUUUAUCAAUUUAGCACUUCCUGGGGAGAGAAUCCUCAGCUUUGGCUCAGGAGAGACGCGCCUCAAUGUAACCAAUCAGCUUCAUGUCAUCCCGGGAACAGAAGGAAACGUGUCCAUUGCCUCCUCGCUGUUGUUUGAUGCCCCACUGUACUGGCAGCUUCCCAGGGAAUUCAUGAGAGACAAGGUCAAGUCUUACAAUGGUUACCUCAGAUUCAGGACAGAGAGCAAUGGUGGCAGGAGGGUUUUCCCUGAACAGAUCCUACAGACCUAUCCACUUGUCUCUCUGCAAGGCAACUGGCAGCUGGUGCUUGAGUAUUACCCACCCACCUUAUCUCCUGAUGGCCGCUAUGAAGUAAAGUUACAUGAGGAUCACUGGCAUCUCAAGAAUGAUCCAAGGCGUGUGACUCGAGAAAUGAUGAUGAUUGCACUCCAGAACAUCCAGCACCUGCUCAUCCGUGCCACACAUGCCUCGGAUGCAACCUCUGCCACACUGCAAGAUGUUGCCAUGGACAUUGCGGCCGAGGGGUCUCCCAUGUCCUCUCGCGUGGCACUGGGCGUGGAGCAGUGCAUCUGUCCCACAAGCUACUCGGGAACCUCCUGUCAGAAUCCCAAUGUUGGUCAUUACCGUUGGUACAAGAAGGACUAUAUUGUGUCAACCAUAAUUAUUGACCUGGUGGGCGAGGCACGGCGCUGCGAGUGUAACGGACGCUCAGAGACUUGCGACUCAGAGACAGGAGUGUGCCAGAACUGCAGAGAUAACACAAUGGGUCCGAACUGUGAGGUUUGUGUCACUGGCUAUUAUGGUAAUCCUGACCUGGGUCCCUGCAAACCAUGUGCCUGCCCCACUCGCUUACAAAACUUUGCUGAGACCUGCCAGGCCGACCGCUAUGCCGAAUACGUCUGCAACUGUCGGGUUGGCUACACUGGGAACAGAUGUAACAGGUGUGCAUAUGGGUACUAUGGAAACCCCUCACAGCCAGGAGGGUCAUGUGUGCCUUGCAACUGUGACCCAUUUGGCAGUGUGCAUGAGGGUUGUGACAAUCAGGGCCAGUGCACCUGUAAGGAAGGCAUCCAAGGCAGAGACUGCUCCCAGUGUGCUCCACGACACAUCACCUCUGCCACUGGCUGCCAGUCAUGUGUAGAUGGAUGUGUUGAUGUUCUUCUUGAUGAGGUGGAGGAGAUGAUUGAGGCAGCCACUUCUGUUGAUGUAACAGGCAUCAUUCCUGCCCCGUGGUCAUCACUUCGAGAGAUUCACAACAUCACCAAGGUUUUACGAUACCAACUGAACCGUUACCACAGCAGUGUUAACACAUCCCAGAAGCUGAUUGUAGAUUUCAACCUUGAUUACAUUGCCCGAGACCACUUGAGAAAGGCCAAGGCACUGCUGGACAUUGCCAGGAUGACAUUCCCUCCAAUAGCCACACUCAAGUCUGAUGCUCAGGGUGUCCUUGACUUACUGAACAGCUUGUAUAUCCAAAUUGAUGAGACCAUUGCAUACCUCAAGAAUUAUGCCAUAGGGGAGACACCAAACAUUUCAAUAGGAGUUGCCCUGGAGGAGGCUGAGAUGAUCCUCAAACAGAUUCAGAUGAGGAACUUUACUCUGGUGAAGAUUGGUGCUGAUGCUGAGCUGAGAAAAGCUGAAUUGUUGCUUGAGAGAAUAAAGAAGAUGGAUCAGACCAAUCCUCUCAUCCAGGACAUCAACUUUCGGGUCGGUGACUAUGAGAGUAAACUGAAGGAAAUGCGGGAAAGGAUACGAGUCUCCAACCUUAAGAUAGACCAGACUGGGCUGCUGAUGAAGGGCAAUACUCAACGGCUGCAGCGCCUCAUCAAUUACUCUGACCGGAUCAGGAACUCCCAGGUCAUCAUUCAGGAUCAGAACUUCAACUCCACCCAGCUGCUGAGGGAUGCUGCUCGCUACCUUAACAAUAUGGGAGUUAAUUACAAUGUCAUUGAGAGGCUGCUGCUGAAGUUGAGGAACAACUCCUCCUUCAUAUCAGAGUAUGAGGCUCAGCUGCGAAGGGACAACCUUGAGUAUCGAGAGAGAUACGUCAAGCGUGCUCAUGACCACGCCAUGAAUCUCAUGCGGGAAUCCAUCCGCUUGGAAAGCUUGUUCAAUAAAACAAGAGGCAUUGCUGUUGAUCCUCUGAAUGCUGCUGAAGCCUACAAGCGGAUUGUUGAUGCCCUUAAGAGUGCUGAGGAGGCUGCCCGCAAUGCCUCAUGGGCUGCUGAGAAGGCUUACAGAGUGGCUUAUCCAGAAGGGACAGAAUACUCUUUAGUACGGCAAGCCAUCCAGUCCCUGCAAACUUCUGAGGAACUCCAGUCCAAGGGCCGUGGCUUGAAAACUGUGGUAACACAACAGCUAACAACUCUCAACAAGCAGCAGCAGGCCCUAGGCAGCACCAGAGGCAUCCUGGACAUCACCAACAGCCGUGUCAAUGCUCUCCACACCCUCAUGGACAUUCAUUUCUCUACCAACAUCUCCUCAGGCAUACAGAGUGCAUUGACAAGGACAGAAGAGACUCGCAACAAUAUAGAAGGAACUAUUGAAAAAAUUACAUCCAUCCAAACCAACCUCACCAUCAUUAAGGAACAGGCCAGAGAGCUGAACCGAUUUGACAACUCUCUCCUUAACGAAAUUAGGGAAACAAUUUCCACUGCUAAGAGCCACACCACCAAGGGAGUCCGUCUUGCCAGCAAUAUGCAGAAGACUGUGGACAGAAUCGAAAACAAGAGUAAAGACUUGAGGGACAGGAUUGAAGCCCUUAAGAGGAAGAUAAAGCAGACGAGACAGUAUGCUUCCUCUAUCCGAGUGUCUCUGACAACGGAUGCUGCAGGAGUGUGCACAAGGAAAUACCAUCCCACGCUGCAUCCCUCCACCACCACCACCAUCAUGCUCAGCUAUGCCGUCAGCACAACAGAGACUGAUGCUCUUCUCCUCUAUAUUGGCUCUCAUAAUACUAGUGACUUUAUGGCAGUGGAGAUGGUGAAUCGCAGAAUUGAGUUUGUGUGGGAUGCUGGCGGGGGAAUGCAGCGCAUCACGCACCCCCUCACCCUCCUCACCAACACUGAAGAUGUCUCAGACGACACAAGAUGGUACCACAUCACAGUGAACCGUGUCGGCAACAUUGGCCAGCUGUCUGUGGUGCCGUCCAAUUCUAAGGGUCGGUCUGGCAUGCUGCAGCCACCAGUCAGUGAUGCCUCACCUCCAGGAUUUAGCAAGAUGGAUCUCUUGCCAUCAGACACAGUUUGGGUUGGUGGAGCACCCCUAAGGGCUCACAGAGUGCUCAAAACCAGAAAAUUCUCUGGCUGCCUCCAUACACUCUCCAUUGAUGGAGAGAACAUUGGUCUCUGGAACUUUACUGAAUCUGAGGGUUGUGGAGCAUGUAAUGAAGGGGAAGAGUUGGUGCUGAGGCACAGAGAUGAGAUAGCAGUCGGCUUCAAUGGUAAAGGUUACUUCAAGGGUAGCAAUAGGUACCAACGACCCAAACCUUACUACAAUACUGUGUUGUCCUUCAAGACCCUGGAUGAAGAUGCUCUCCUCUUCCUGGCAGUGAAUGAUGUGAAGAAUCAGUACUUCAGUGUUGCACUUGAGAAUGGCCAUGUGGUCUUCACAGUCCAGUUUGAUGCCCAAACACGACUUAUGAUGACAUCAAGUCGUCGCCACAGCAACAGGGACAUGAUACAAGUCCAGGCCACUGUGUCUAAUGGUGCCAUAGAUGGUGCUCGCAUGGGCCGGCUGGUGGUGGGUGACGAAGAUCAGCUGGGCACUGUCAAAGGUGGCCCAGAUCUUGACCUCUCCAGAGUUUCUUAUUACUUUGGAGGUGUUGACCCUGAGUUUGACAGAAAGAAAUGGGGCAGUGCACUGGUGCUGCGGUCAUUGUUGGGCUGCAUGUCUGGCCUCUCCGUGAUGGAUAAGGGCAGGAACCCACUCACAGAUGGCCAGAAUUAUGGCAUACAGAGCUCCUGUGUUGACAAGCCUCUGUACGAUGUUGGGUUCCUUGGCCAAGGUUUUGUGGAGCUUCCAUCACACAUCCUCAAGAGAGACUCCAGCUUUGGCUUCACGUUCCAGACCAUGGAGUCAGAUGCUCUACUUAUGGUGUCCACUUUCAUUGGCCAGGAUAAUGAAACAGAGGCAGACGGGCCCAGCACAACCACCACCACCACCACCACACCCACUCCACUGCCGCCUGGAGGAGAACACCCACCUGAUUUCUAUUCAGUGUCCCUAGUUGAGGGUCAUUUGGAUAUAAGAAUAAAUGGGGGUGGACAGAGUCAUAGGAUGAUGUCUCCUGCCAAAUAUAAUGAUGGUCAUCUCCAUGCCUUCUUUGUGAUAAAGGAGAGGCAAAGAGUGACACUGAAGGUGGAUGAUGCUGAGGUGAAAACAGCAAGGCUGGACCGCAGCAGUCAAGUAGUGGUUGGACCCGACACAGGAGGACUGUACUUUGGAGGUGUACCAGAGAACCUUGAUGUUGUGAGCAUGGUGGGCACAUCUCGGCCACUGAAGGGCUGUGUGCGGGAUAUAAUUGUCAACAACAAAGUUGUGUCCUUCUUGAAUCCAGUGAGGUUCAAGGAGGUGUUUAUUGGGCGGUGUGCAGACUUGCCAGCCACCGCCAUGCAGGGGAUGGAGGCGGACAUGAAGGUGGCAGACUCAUGCUUGCCGCCAACACAACACACAGUGGAGUACAAAGCUCUCAAGUUUGGGGACCAGAUCAACUCUCAUGUGAGGAUCCCACUGCAGUCCACAACUUUCAAGAAAAACUUUGAUGUGUCCUUUGAGUUCAGGACUUAUUAUCCUAAUGGACUUUUCUUCAUUGCCUCUAACACAAGAAGGAAGCGUGUACAGUCUAUCUCAGUGCAGCUACACAACAGUCGAGUGAAGGUGUCCAUGAGGAAGGAUAGCAAGAAGGGGUCCAAGGUGGUGGAGGCAAUCUCAGAUCCAGGACUCAACACUGGACAGUGGACCAAGGUGAGGGUGGAGAAGACAAAGAAGCGCAUCAACCUGUACAUUGACAACAAGAUGGUGAAGCAGGUGAAGGGCCCACGCAAGGUGAAUGUGGGGCGGGAGCUGUUCCUGGGUGGCCUGCCCUCAGGGGUGGCAGCAGCAAGAGUGGACGGCUGGCAGGAGGUGGAGCCACUGCGAGGGUGUCUGAGGAACCUGAAUAUCAAUGGGGAGGAGUAUGAGAUUCCCAGCUCAAGGCAGCGGGAGCAGGUGGUAGGAGUGGGGCAGUGCUUCGCCAGUGUGCAGCCCGGCUCAUACUUCCCUGGUGAUGCCUAUGCUAUUUAUAGUGACGACUUCAAUGUAGGUCUCAUGCUGGAGCUGAGGCUGGAAUUCCGCACCUGGGAGCUGAACGGCAUCAUCCUGAGUGUGGCAGACCCCCGAGGCACCUCCCUCUCCCUUGAGCUCAUCAAUGGAGCAGUGGUGCUGAGUGUUGACAUGGGUGUGGGCCACUCAUUCAGUGCACGAGUUGGUCUCAGAAACAGAUUCAGCUUCUGUGACAACAUGUGGCACACUGUCAAAGCAAGCUACAUCAAAGACUCACUUGCACUGCGAGUAGACAACCAUCAGGAGGCAUAUGGCUUCAAUGGCUCAGGAGACCAUGAGGGAGCGAUCACAGGGGCUGAGCUCUUCAUUGGGGGCUUGCCAGACAUGGCCCUACAGGGAACCCUCACCACUCGGGAGAACUUCAAGGGCUGCAUCCGCAACAUUGUGCUGAACAGCGAGAGGCGGGACUGGACAGACAUGUUCAAGCUGCAGAAUGUCCUGCUGAGUGCAUGCCCUGUACAGUGAUGUGGAAGACUGAUGGAGCUUUAACCUGCUGACCAGUCCGUCUUGGUCAAAGCAAGAUGUAAAAAUUUAUUAUUUAAUAAGAGUAGUUGCAUAGAGCUGUAAGAAAGCUGUUCAGAAGUAAGUUUAUUCGAGUCCCAGAUUUAAGGAAACUUUAAUAGGAAUUUGUACUGCGUGAUGUAAAGAUUCUUGCGUUUCCUGCAGGACUGUACAUAUUUCUCACCUGCAAAACUUUGCCAUGUGCAAAAAAGUUAAUUGCCUCAUGUUCUAACAUGUGUAAGUCAUAGAUGUGCAAGUCAUAGGCUAAUCAGGUUCUUAUCUCCUCACUGCCACCAAACUUAGUAUAAGUUGGCAUCAGUGCCCCACACACCUGGGUCUUGUGCUCCAUGUUGCCAUCACAUCCUGGAUGCCCUCCUUUAAAAAUUAGACAGACUAACUUAUCCAGCAAAACUUAUUACCCUUCAGUAAUAAGUUCUACCAACUUUAGGUAAAUUUCACAAUAUUAAUUACCCUAGUAAUUUGCAAAUAACUAACCCACAGCAGGCAAUGGCAGGGCUGCAUUUCACUUGUGUAGUGUAUAGAUGGCAUCAAUUCAUAAUGAUGAGGUUUUUUCAUUUAGGUUAUUCCUUGGGUUUUUUUUUUUUUAUGAAAGGUACUGUUAUUUGUUUAGUACAAAUUAAAUAAUUUAAGGAAAAUUUUUACUCAGCCUAGGAGCAGACUAAUUGCUACAAGCACCAUGAAGAAUGUUAGUGUAUCUUAUUUUAAACUAGGUUUGCUCAUAAAUUUGGCCUUAAUAUUUAUUAUAUAUAACAUUAAGGAUGCCUCUGUAUAAUAUAAAGGUGAAUGUAUG